AUGCAUUACGCAACGAUCUCCGGCUUGAUGUUCGCCGCCCUGAACAUCGGCGAGGCCAUGGCUGGACCGGCACACGCCCACAUGCACCAGCGUCUUCACGAGAAGAAGGAUGUCAAGGACAUCCAGUGGAACGAGCUGGGCAUUGACUGGGUAUCCGCAUGGAAGGCAGGCCAGGCCGACAAGACCGCCGCUGCCCCAACCGCAACUGCUGCCCCAUCGGUUCCCUCCGGCCCCGCCGUGGCCGACGUCAAGAACAUCAAGGCCGCCGCUGCUCCAACCUCCUCCUCCGAGUCCUCCGCCCCAUCCUCCAGCUCGUCCGGCUCCAGCGAUGAUGGAAUCCUCGGUGGCAUCAUCGGGAUCUCCAACUCCCGCACCUCCUUCGGCAGCUCCUCGCUCGCCGCUGACGCAGCCCUUCAAGUGGGAGACAGCGCUGUCAACAACUAUGGCUCCCCAUAUGGCUCCAAUAUCAUGAAGGUCGCAUCUGCCAAGGGAUACGAUUUCACCAACACCUUCGUCAACACCCAGAAGGAGGCCAUCACCAUCAACAUCUGGAACAAGGUUGGCCCAGAUCUGCAGCCCCAGUCGGGAGCCAUGUUGGCACCACGCAAGACCACCCUCACCUUCGUUCUCCAGCCGGGCGGAUCCCAGACCGUCGCUUUCGAGGGCAACACUCAGUAUGCCUGGGCUCAAGCCACCACCAAGCUCCUGAUGUCUGGCCAAUAUGACACCGUCUACGGCGAGGCCAACAUGAAGCCCACCGGCGGAAGCGGCUACAACCUCUCCAUCAUCCCCAAGUCGGACAAGAUCAACAACUACGAUAUGGAGAUCUCCAGCGUGGAGGCCGACUGGUGUGUGAGCAACAGAUUCAAGAACUUCUGGCGCACCGAGACCGACCCCGUCGGCAACGACGAUGGCAAGGACACCAACGGCAGCUGCUACGUCAACUCGGCCACCGCACACUUGACCACCAAGAUGGGCGGAACCGUUUCCGAUGCUGCUUAA